AUGUCUGGACAGGGGUUUUAUGCGCAUCCUCCGCCAACCAAAGCGGUUAUUGUGUUCAGGAACGGAGAUGCUUUUUAUCCCGGCCGAAAGUUUGUUAUCAAUCAACGCCAGUCAUCCACUUUUGACAGCUUUCUGAACACGGUCACUCGAGGCAUCACAGCUCACUUUGGGGCAGUGCGAAAUAUUUACACCCCUAACAAGGGUCACAGGGUGGCGAAUCUGGAGCAGCUGGUGCAUGGAGAGAUAUAUGUGGCAGCCGGAGCAGAGAGACUCAAAAAAAUGGACUAUCAUCACAUAACAACACAGAAACCUCCAAAAAAGAAAAGUGAACCGAUCCAACCUGUAGUUCACAGCAGAAUAAUUGUCCCAGCUCGAUGGAAGAGAAUCAGUAAUGAGUCGUGCAUCAUCAAUGUUUUUACCAAUGGAGAUAUCUUGGUUCCUCCAGCACGGGUGCUGAUUCCCAAACACACGCUUGCUAGCUGGGAAAAUGUAUUGGCCAUGGUGACCGAGAGAGUUCACCUUCGCACUGGAGCUGUGCACAGAUUGUGCAUGCUGAAUGGGAGGCCUGUACGUGGAUCGUAUGAGCUACAGAACAACCACUAUUAUGUUGCUGUAGGGACAGAGAGGUUCCGGUCUUUGCCAUAUCAUCUGGCCCCAAGCAAGGGAGUAAUCCACAAUAUCACCGAUGUGGUCAACAAUGGCAUUCAUCCAGUUCUAAAAAAAGAAAAACAAGACAGAACUUUGUUCGCAAAACCAGGAGUGGACAGCGCCGGCUCCGUUUUUUACGCCAAACAGCCCAGGCAGGGCUUGAAAAUCCCAGAUCUCUUUGCUACGGCGGAAAAAAGUGUCUUCAGAGCCACCAACAAAAGGAAGGAGGCAGUAGUAGCAUCUGAAGUACUGGAAGAUGAAAAUAUGAAGGUGGAUCUUCCUGUUGAACAGAUGGAAGUAAAAGAAGUUGAGGAGGAACAAAACUCCUACAAAGACCCCAGACCAGGAAGUGAUAGCCCUGCCAAAAAGUUAAAAAACCAUCAAAAUGCAGCUUUUUCAACAAGGUCAUCCCUUUCCAGAACCAAUAAGAUCUCAGAAUAUACCUCGAGUAUGAAGGAGUCAAGAGACCUCCAACCCAACAGCCAUGGAGAGAGCAGGGACCAGUCAUUAGAUCAACAAGAACCAAAAGACACCAAGGGGGAGGAGAUGUCCUCAGAGAAGUGUGGAAUACGAUCGCAUAUGUCUAAUAAGUUUUUAAAGGAAAAGAAAAAAGUAACCUUGAACUGCGGACCUAAUGGCUUUUAAGUAACAGAAAUCCAAGAUGAAGAUUUGAACAAGAAGAGUUAUUCUGAAGCUUUCAGUUUUAUUCGUAUAUAUGAAGAUUUCUGGUCGAUGAGGAUGUUCACUCGCAUGCCACAAGCAAGACAUUAAAGAUUUUCAAAGCAUCUCGCCAUAGCUUCUAACAUGGAAAAAAAUAAUGUUCGGAAGACCUUGUACGAGGAGACGGCGCUGUCUCUGUGUGAUCUCAGCUGCUGUUCUGAUGAUGGGCUUUGUGAAGUGCACAACUGCCCAGUUACACAUUAGUUUGAUUGCCAGUUUUCUCUGUUCGAAGCGAGCUUUGAUGCAUAUCUCGAGAUGAAAGCCAAACUACUCCAGCGAGUCCAUUGUAGAUGGGGUUCCAUAUUUGCUUCAGGCACCAUGAAGACCUUCAAUAAUCUUCCAAUACUGGCAUGAACAUAAUUUAUAAUUUAUCACACAAUGCACUGCGUUCUACAUCUUAAUUCAGGGGCCCUAUUUGCUCCCUUGUUGACAGACUCUGCGGUUCAUCCAUAUUUUUUUUCUUUAAGGUAAGGCUUUGAUGCAUUCUGUGCACUUUGAUAGCAAGACUGCCUGUUGUGUUGGAAUACUUUCCUAAUGUUUGUGUGUCUUAAACUUGAUAGAAGUAAUAUGGGAGGUCAUUAAAACCCCUGCAUUUGUUUCUCUUUUA